UAAAGGUUGACAUCCAAAUAUCUCGAUGUCUUCGAUACCAACUAAUACAUGGAGUGAGCAGCUGCGUGAAGUGAUCAGUUCACCAUUGGGAAUUGUGGCAAUGACCUGCCUCGUGGGCUAUAUUGCGUAUACGCACAUGCGUCGUGAACAUCCGACCUACGAUGACGAGGACUACGAGAAGGAGGGGCACGUCAAGAUUCCGCUGCCUCUAAAGAAUCUCACUCUGACCAGGCAGAAGCUCGAAUACUACGAUGCAAAGAAUCCCAACGGCAGGUAUCUGGUCGCCCUACUGGACACCAUCUACGAUGUGUCCAGUGCACCACACGACUUUGGACCGAAUGGCAGCUAUGAGGGACUGGCUGGUACCGAUAUUAUGUGGUACAUUCGAAAUACGGCCCGCUUCGAGGCACGCGAUUUCAAUAGCUAUUUGAACGAGUGGAAAAACAUGCUCGAAGAUCACUUUUAUGUAGCUGGCGUGUUAAUACCCGAGAGCAACAACGAUGAUUCGGACUCGGAUGAAGGCACAGUUUACGAUUCGGCCAACGAUAAGGAUGAAUAUACCGAAUUCAAAACUGAAGCUGGUGAGGGCGAAGAGGAAGAGGAACUAACGGCCACAGUUUGCGAGGGCUCAAUUAAUAUGGAUGUGGAGGAUGUUGAUAAGACAAUCAUCGACUGGACCGAAGGGGACAAGACUAUUUUGGCCAUGUAGACCAGUUCUGACAAGGUUUAUGGCUGCUCUACUAGCACUAUAUUUUGGCCAUAAGCGCAGGCCCAGCAUUACACUAAAACAUAAAUAAUAAUAAAUAUUCCCCCAUUUCGUUUAUCUGCAAAUGCAGCCGUGGCUGUCCGUUGUGAUUCCUCGUCCAUGUCCAUGUCCAUGUCCAUGCAUAUAUCGAUUACUAAUUUUAAUGCGAAUCGAGAAUUUCAAUUCCAGGACUAUGAAAGACAACAGCAACCCCGUCCAGCGGUGCCAGCAAUAAUAAAAAUGGUAAUUUCCGGCAACAACAAGUCCAAAUACAAAUUUCCCAAACGGCAAACCUUGCUGGAAAAAUGCACAAUAAGCCACAAAGCAAAGAACAGAAGAAACAAAGCUCGAGAUGCAACAACCUUUAAAAUUCCUUAAAAUCCCUUACAUGCAAUU